AUGUCGCCGGUAGACAUUUUUUCCUGUCUCAAUUCCCUUGAGUAUGUUCCAACGGGAUUAGCACAUCCCGCAGAGCUGGCAUCUGCUGGGAAUGGUUUCUCUUGGUCGGAAAUCCAGGAGCAAGCUCCUUAUUUCGACAACAACGAAUGUCCUCAAUCUUCGACACCCUCUUCAACCCCAGACGCCACCGCACAAUACGAUUUCGGGAGUCUGUUCAAUCUCCAGACUUCCGAUCUCCCAUUCACGGUACCCGACGCGUCAAGGAGCGUCGACCCUCUCUGUUUCUUGUUCAACGACGCGUCUUUCGAUGGCUUGCGUUGGAAGAAGGACGCGACAAACACCGGCAGGCGGUACAGCUCCGAAAGUCUCGACCUUCUGGACAAUGCUGAGAUUGGCGACAAUGCGAGUGGACAGAAUUUGGAUAAUGGCCUUGACUUUGGCCUUCUUGGCGAUGACUACAAUAGCAGAGCUGUUAGCACGAAUGCGGCCUCAGUUUCCCCAAACGCUAUUAUAUCCACCACGACCCAACAUUCUACACUGUCGUAUAGCGACGAGCCUUUGAACUCAUCCUCGGCAAGCGCUUCACCUAGUGACCCAUUCUACCUCGUCAACUCAAGCGACGGGUACACUGGUACAUCAUAUUCCAAUUACCCUCCCAGAGGGAAUUGUCCUUCAUUUGAGUACGUGUCUUUGUUCUCUAUUUUGUUCUCCAUUGAGCAGAGUAGGCACACUAUCUUUCCAACAAAUCCGAGUAUUAUUACAUUCGAUAGCUUGGGAUCCACCCAGAGGGAUGCCGACGCCAUUUUUACAAGACAGUCCACCGCAAGAUCGGCUCCAGAACCAUUCGUUCCAUCGUAUGCUAGAGGAUAUGGCGUUGCUUCUACAUCGUAUUAUACAAUGAUCCGGGAUGGAUGUCCAGUAGCGUCGCCUUCACAGGGCUCUUCAUAUAAAACCUUCGAACAAGAGCAAGUUUUGGACCAGUCGCCUGUCUUUCAUGAUGCGAAAUACAACAGUUUGGGGCGUGUUGGAUCGUCGCCUACCAAGGACUCCAAGAAACCGGCAGGUGCUUCUAAAAAUACUGUAAAGAAGCCAUACAACCGAACGGCUCCUGGUCCGAAAUGGUCAAGCCGGGUUAUUUCCCCGCCAUCUUCCUUAGCUGAAGUCCUGGCCAACGGACGGAACGAAUAUGUCCUUCUGAAGGACUUCCAAAUCAACGCACUCCUUAAAGUCUACAACGUUCCGUCAGAGGAGGUCCCGGAGGUUUUCUAUGCCCUUCAGCGCAUCCAUUCCCCGGAUAUCCUGUACACCUGUCCCAUGAAAUCGUGCGAGGCAGAAUUAACCCUUGACGAAAUCGAAGAUCAUUGCCUCGCCCAUCACUCAACCAUCUCUUGCGAUUCGUCUUGCCCAAGCCGGGGGGAUAAAAGCUCUGUAAACCAUACAAGCCUCUGCCGAUUGUUCGUUACUUGUGAUGCCCAUGGCUACCAUAGUACGUUUACAGCUACAGAGGCGAGAGGACACUGUGAAGAGGAGCACCUGUACCCUCAUGGAAUGCAGUGUCCUAAUUGCGGGAACUUGUAUCCGGAAUUAAAGCACCUGUAUAAGCACAUGUCAAGAAAAGCAUGUGAAGGUUUAGAGAAAUGGAGAAUUAAGGCUCAAUGA